CUCGAAAAUUAAUUUGUUUCGACCCCUCCUCUUUUCUAGUACGGAAUUCCUGAUUAUGCUAUUUUAAUAUCUCUUAUCACCUCCAAGUACUAAUAUCUCUUUCUCCCUCCCCUUGGAAUGCCACCGUUGACACGCACUUAACCUUAUAAUAGUUUUCGAAUUUAGGUCGUUUAGGUCUGUCCAGCCAAUACCGAUUGUUGAAGUUUGCGUGCAGAUAAGAAUUGGUUCAAAUCCAUUCAGCCCUUGAGAGCCAUCACAUCUCGCCAGUAUGAUCUAGUGCGUUGUAAAACGUCUGAACGAUCGUUAGCUAUUGAUAGCAGAUAAUGGAACAUUAAAACCUAGCGCUACAAGCCCAACAGCAAGUGACACGAAAUAAAUUCAUCUGAAAGUAAUACAAUGUAACAUGUGUUACAUGGAAGUUCGCAUGUACGUAACUGUUCGUACAACCUGCUAGCUCGAAAUUUGAACAGCUGUACGUGUUUGGCGAAUGGAACGAAAUUAAGCGUAACGAUCACAGGCUCUCUGCGCACGGGUCCGCAAACGCAACAGACAGAGACGACCGCGAGCGCUCGCGCGUGCCAACGGUAUCAAUCAUAAAGGAUGCAUUACUAGAUCGCGGGCCAUUCAUUCAGCUUCCAGCGGUCGAAGGAGACCGUUGCGUUUUGCGAACGAAGGUUGCCUAGAUUGUGUCGUGCCUGUGGAAGGUAGGAAGCGACAUCGUCAAGCAUCAACUACGCUAACUGCGAUCACACUUGCAGGAAGCGAAUGUGCCAGAAAUAGUGUAACAAUCUACGCGCACUGUUCCGGUGUUGUUACCGCAUUAGGGUUAAUCGGUAAAGAAUAGUGCGCCCUUACGCGCAGAGAACGCGUGUUGCGCGUGUCGCGUGUUUGGUGCUUGGGGAAGGUUUAAUGUCCGUUUCGGUGAUAAAAACCGCAUUCGUAGUCGCAGCUCACCUUCGGAUCCACAGUUGUAGAACGGCGGGAGUUUUACUGGCGGGAGUUUUAAAUAAGGCGUUGUCACAUAGAUCACAAACACGUGCAGUUUGGGAGGGGGAUGAAUUCGUGAUCUUCUCCGGUGCUUUUACUUAAACUCAAAUAGAACACAAUUGUACAGCAUCGGCGAAAGGUGAAUGAUAAAGUGAGUGAUCGGUGCUAGUUUUUUUUUGUUACUUGUUUUGUGAUGGCAGCAGAAACGAUGGUGGUUAAAAAGGAACAGCUGACACUGCAGCUGGAUUCUACGCUGACACAGGUGCCGGAAGGAUGUGGACGUCGGAUGUGGUUGUUUAUGGGAGUUUAUUGGAAAACACUGCUGGUACUCCUGGUGCCCUGUCUAGCAGGAACUGUGUUCAUAGUCGACACUUCACCACCAUUCCGGUGUAUGUACAUCGUGAUGGUGAUGGGUGUGUUUUGGAUCACUGAAGCUUUGCCACUUCCGAUCACUUCUAUGCUACCGAUCGUGCUGUUCCCAAUGAUGGGCAUCCUGGACACGAACAGGACGUGCAUGAUGUACAUGAAGGACACGAUGCUGAUGUUCAUUGGAGGCAUUGUGAUGGCACUGGCGGUGGAGUACUGUAAUCUUCAUAAGCGCGUUGCCUUGAAGGUGAUCUCCGUGAUCGGGUGUAGUCAGCGGAGGCUUACUUUCGGGCUUACCGUGGUGACGAUGUUCGUGUCGAUGUGGAUUUCUAAUACGGCCACCGUAGCUAUGAUGUGCCCGAUCGUACAGGCUGUGCUGGAAGAGUUAGAAGCGCAAGGACUCUGCCAGAUCAAUGAAAAGCCAAAAUCCGUCGACGGUCCUUCGAAUGAAGAUGAAGAACUUCCCCGACCUACUAAGGUAACGUUGUGCUAUUACAUCGGGACGGCCUAUGCGGCGACAUGCGGCGGUGUCGGUACGAUCGUAGGUUCUGGUGUGAAUCUCACCCUAAAGGGUAUUUACGAGAGCCGGUUCCCCGAUGCACCAACCAUCGAUUUUCCUUCCUUUAUGUUCUACAACGUACCCGGUAUGCUGAUAUUCACUUUCCUGACCUGGAUUUGGCUACAGUGGCUCUUUAUGGGCAUGUUUAGACCCGACAGUGAGGAUGCGCGUGCUGCCAACAUUGGACCGGAAGGUGAAGCCGUUGCAAAGCGUGUGAUCGAACAUCGUUACCGGGAACUAGGACCGAUGAGCUCGCACGAAAUCUCGGUGGCAUUUUUCUUCGUCCUUUCCGUCGUACUGUACUUCACCCGUGAACCAGGCUUCAUGAAGGGAUGGGCCGAUCUCAUACCGAACUCCAAAAUCAAAGACGCAACUCCCGCCAUUUUCGUCGUGAUCAUGAUGUUCAUUGUACCGGCCGACUGGAACUGUCUGUCAUUCUUCCAUAAAAGUGACGGGCGACUACCAAAACGUGCCUCACCGGGUCUUAUAACGUGGCGAUUUAUUAACCAAAAAACACCCUGGAGUUUGCUGUUCCUUCUCGGCGGUGGGUUCGCCCUGGCUGAAGGUGGCCGGACUUCCGGUAUGUCGACCUUGCUGGGACAAUCGUUGGCGGGGCUGAAGGUUUUACCACCGCUGCUGCUACUGUUCGUGCUGUGCGUUGUUGGUGAAUUUCUUACCGAAUUUACCUCGAACGUGGCCAUCUGUAAUGUGCUGUUACCGGUGCUAGCGGAAGUGGCGAUCGCGAUUGAAAUUCAUCCCCUGUAUCUCAUGUUUCCGGUGGCGAUGGUAUGCAGCUUUUCGUUCCACCUGCCGGUCGGUACACCGCCGAACGCGAUCGUUGCUGGGGUGGGCAACAUUCGCAUCAAGGAUAUGGCCGUCGCCGGUAUUGGGCCGUCCAUCUUUACGCUGCUGGUCAGCUGGGCCAGCUUUCCGACGUGGGGUAGCAUUAUCUAUCCGGAGCUAGCGACAUUCCCGGACUGGGCAAAACCCUUAAACGAGACGGCACUGUAAUGCACAGCUGUUGCCGUCUUUACUCAGGACAAGAAUUUUGUAUUUUAAGAUUAUAUUUUUUUAUGUUUGUUGUACGUGCCAUUCCAUUAAUAAGUGUCUAGAGUGUAAUAAACGUAUUUUUAAAAAGCAUGUUGUAAAGUAA